AUGUUGUCCACCCUCAGAGUCGCCAGCCGUACGGCUGCCUCCCGCGAGGCUAACCUGCGCACCGUUGCUAUCGGCGCCAGACAUGCCUCGGCCUGGUCUAAGGUUCCUCAAGGUCCUCCGGAUGCUAUCCUGGGUAUCACCGAGGCCUUCAAGGCCGACUCUUUCAAGGAGAAGAUCAACCUGGGUGUUGGCGCUUACCGUGAUGACAAGGGCAAGCCUUAUGUUUUGCCCUCCGUCCGCGCCGCCGAGGACAAGGUUGUUGGCACCCGUUUCGACAAGGAAUACGCUGGCAUCACUGGUAUCCCUGCCUUCACCAACGCUGCCGCCGAGCUUGCCUACGGAUCCGACUCUCCUGUCAUCAAGGACAACCGUCUGGUCAUCACCCAGACCAUCUCCGGUACCGGCGCCCUGAGAAUCGGUGGUGCUUUCUUGGAGCGUUUCUACCCCGAGGCCAAGAAGGUCUACCUUCCCAACCCCAGCUGGGCCAACCACAAUGCCGUGUUCAAGGACUCUGGUCUGGAGGUCGAGAAGUACCGUUACUACAACAAGGACACCAUUGGCCUUGACUUUGAGGGUCUGAUUGCCGACAUCAAGGCUGCCCCCAACAAGAGCAUCAUCCUCCUCCACGCCUGCGCACACAACCCCACUGGUGUUGACCCGACCGAGGAGCAAUGGCGCCAGAUUAGCGACGUGAUGAAGGAGAAGGAGCACUUUGCUUUCUUCGACAUGGCCUACCAGGGCUUUGCCAGCGGAAACGCUGACCGUGAUGCUUUUGCCCCCCGUCACUUUGUCAAGGAGGGCCACAACAUUGCUCUGUGCCAGAGUUUCGCCAAGAACAUGGGUCUCUACGGAGAGCGUGUCGGUGCUUUCUCCCUUGUUUGCGAGAACGCCGAGGAGAAGAAGCGUGUUGAGUCGCAGAUCAAGAUUCUCAUCCGUCCCUUCUACUCCAACCCCCCCAUCCACGGUGCCCGUGUUGCCUCGACCAUCAUGAACGACCCCGAGCUCAACCAGCAGUGGUUGGGUGAGGUCAAGGACAUGGCUGACCGCAUCAUUGAGAUGCGCUCUCUGCUCCGCACCAACUUGGAGUCUCUUGGCAGCAAGCACGACUGGUCGCACAUUACCAGCCAGAUUGGUAUGUUCGCCUACACUGGACUCAAGCCCGAGCAGAUGGAUGCUCUGGCCAAGGAGCACUCUGUCUACGCCACCAAGGACGGCCGUAUCUCGGUGGCCGGUAUCACCUCUGGCAAUGUCAAGAGAUUGGCCGAGUCCAUCUUCAAGGUGACCGGUUAA